GUCCCGCACCAUGGUCGCGGCAGCCCUGGCGGGCGGCAGUGGCGCGUCGUCCGUGUCGGGCUCAGACCCUGGAGCGGGCCCGAAACGCCGCGGCCUGCGAGCCUCCGCGCCGGGCGGCCGUCUCGGGGCUCGAGGGCCUCGGAGUGCAGGCCGAUGCGCCGUGGCCUGCUGGCCUUGGCAGCGCCGGGCGAUAAGCAGGGUCGCUUCCCUCCCCGCGAUCAGCGCCCGCCAGCAGGACGCGGACGACCUCGCCAGGGCGUCCCGGCGCUCCGAAAUCCGCUGCCGCCUGGCCCGCGAGAGGCGCCGGCGGCUUGGCCUCCGGAGCGAGGCUGAUCUCCUGCGGGAGCAGCUCGAGUGCUUCGCAGAGGCGGAACUGCCCCGGCAGCGGAGCCCUGGGCACAGGCGGCCGCUCGCCGAGGCGCCUGUGCACGGCGCCCCGCGGCUAACCCCGCGGGCGCUGGAACGGCACCUGGCUGCGUACGGGCCGCUGCAGGCCGAGGAGUCCAGGGCCGCCUUGCGCUCUUGUGGCGGGGCCAGCGCAGCCGCGGCCGAGGUGCUGGAGUGGAAGAUGAGGUUUCAUUCGGGCCGAGACCGUCGGAAGCGCAGCGCGGCGGAGUGCCAGGUGGGCCCCCCCUCCGUGGCAAGCUGGGGGCGGCUUGUCUGGAGCAGCCGCGCUCGGCGGACGAGGAGCCGCGUAGCUUUGAGUACAUGGAGUUUGGCCACUUUAUUGAAUCGCUUCGCUCAUUCCGCCGGCCCGUGAUAUGGCAUCGCUGGUUUUUGUCUGUGUGUUCGUUGCCCAUGUUGCGCUCUUGGGGGCGGGUGUCGUUCGGACGCGUUGUGUGGGGAUUUUUGAUGGUGAAGC